CAGACGUCGCCGUUUAGGGAAACCGCCAGUUUCUGCUCUCCUUUACCUUUUCCCGUUGUAUUUUUCCUUUUCCUUCUCUCCCGCCCGCAACAGAGCAAAUGAGCUACCGCUAAUGGCUAUUCCGGAUUGAAGAACAGAUCAGCCACUCAAAAAUCUGGAGUGAACAGGCCUUACUGGUUCAGAGAGCAUAAGCAGAGCAAGCAGUUGUUUUUCCUCCCAUUUGCUUAGAUGUCUGCACUAGUCUCCACGCGGUUUCUUCUCCCAUCACUGGCUUUCCAACGGCUGCCCUUUCUCUCAAGGGCAGCUUUUCUACACAGAAGCGCAGUUUUACUCGGUCGAGUUGACAUCGACCAUGGGCCCCUCACUCUGGCCACCCUAGGAUUCAAAAGCAAGCUUGAGAAAAAUAGCGACAACAAGAGGCAUAAAUCUAAGCCUGAAAUAUCUCCUGUCAAACUACCCGUAGAUGAAGUGAAGCCAAUGAGAACCAGCAAGAGCAAGCCCAUUGUGGCGAAAAGAUCACUUGAACUGGAAACAGCUCCAUUUGCAGCCCAAUCAUUCUCAGAGCUUGGGUUGCCCCCUUCGCUGUUGCAGAGAUUAGAGCUUGAAGGGUUUAAGGUUCCAACUGACGUUCAGUCCGCUGCAAUUCCCACGAUCUUAAAGAGCCACGAUAUUGUUAUUCAGUCUUACACAGGGUCAGGAAAGACACUGGCUUAUCUCCUCCCAAUACUAUCUGUAGUGGGUCCCUUGAGGAGGAGCUCUCCCGACAGCAGCUGUGAACCAGGGAAGAAGAUGGAAAUCGAAGCGGUUAUAGUUGCACCCUCUAGGGAGCUGGGAAUGCAGAUUGUGAGGGAAGUUGAGAAGCUGCUGGGGCCAACGGAGAAGAAAGCGGUUCAGCAGCUUGUGGGUGGAGCUAAUCGCUCGAGGCAAGAGGAAGCCCUUAAGAAAAAUAAACCGUCCAUUGUGGUGGGAACACCUGGGCGGGUUGCUGAGAUCAGCGCAGCAGGGAAGCUCCACACUCAUAGCUGCCGUUUCUUGGUCUUAGACGAAGUGGACGAGCUUCUCUCAUUCAACUUCCGGGAAGAUAUGCAUAGGAUACUGGAGCAUGUGGGAAGGAGACCAGGCCUUGGCCAGGACGCUCGAGGAGGCCUAAAAGGCCCGCUUGAGAGGCGGGCAGAACGUCAGACUAUAAUGGUCUCGGCCACUGUCCCCUUCUCAGUGAUAAGGGCUGCUCGGAGCUGGGGCAACAACCCACUUCUGGUACAGGCCCAGAAGAUUAUCCCUCUUGAAUCAGCAACUCCCUCUGGGCCUAUUGAUAUCUCGAACACUGCUUCUCGUUCAAGCGAAGCCUCGAGUUCCCAAGACCAGGCCCCAGCAGUGAGCCUUCCUCCGUCUCUGAAGCACUACUAUUGCAUCUCUAAGCUGCAACACAAAGUUGACACAUUAAGAAGAUGCAUCCAUGCUCUUGAUGCCAGAUCCGUCAUAGCCUUCAUGAACAAUUCAAAACAGCUAAAAGAUGCUGUCUUUAAGCUUGAGGCCCGAGGAAUCAGCGCUUUAGAGCUUCAUGGAGACCUCGGAAAGCUUGCAAGGUCUACGACCCUGAAGAAGUUCAAGAGUGGAGAAGUCCGAGUUCUUGUAACAAAUGAGCUCUCAGCAAGGGGCUUAGAUGUGGCCGAAUGUGACCUCGUGGUUAAUUUGGACCUGCCCACGGACUCGGUUCAUUACGCUCAUCGGGCUGGUCGGACUGGAAGGCUUGGGAGGAAGGGGACUGUGGUCUCAAUAUGCGAAGAGCCUGAAGCAUUUGUUGUGAAGAAACUACAGAAGCAGCUCGGAGUUGUGAUUCCCGCUUGCGAGUUUCUUGAAGGCAAGCUUGUAGUGAGAGGCGAGGAAGGAAAGAGUUUGGAGGCUAUGCGGUGAUAUGUUGUUUUCCUUAGCUAUUUGGCAUAACUUCUAUUUAAUGGUGCAACAGAGAGUGCACCUCUAGGAAAGCUUGAUGUAUCUUCAGGUUUAUAUCAGCGCCUUAAGUGAUAUUACAUCCAUUUUUGGAGGUUAUAAUUUAGGCCAUAUAUCAUGAAUUCAUAUGGAUA